CGACACACGUAAUAGCGGCAAACACUCACGCCGCUGAGUGAAACCGCCUAUAAAAGCGAUGCAAAUUACAAGUGCCAGCAUUACCAACUACCCUCUCGACUCGCAAGGUGUCCAAGUGAACUGCUACCAUGAAAUACCACAUUCUAAUGGGCUUCCUGUCGGUGGUAGCAGCGUACCCCGGCAUCAUCCACGACGAAGGACCACAGGUCGAGGAGAAGUUCGACCACGCAGACAUCAUCGGGGAGUCGGGCCACCAGCACCACAUCCAACACGAGCACGCCAAGUCGCACCAGUCAAUCAAGUUCGAGCACUUCCACCCCGUGCCCGUGUACGUGAAGAAGGAACACAGCCAUCUGCUGCACCACCCGCUCGAGAAGGGCAAAUCUGAGCAGGAGCUGAAGCAGGUCCACCCUGAGACUGAGCACAAAUACGGUGGUGGACUUGUGUUGGAGGACCACAGGUUCAACACUGACCACUUCGCCGGCAUCGAGCAUGGCGCCAGCGAGCUCGGCGGCUAUGGAGGGUUUGAAGGACUGAAGGCCUACAGCGGGGGAGAGUUUGAGCUCCACCAGCCGUCCCUCGAGUCCGAAGGCGGCCACUACCAGUUCCAAGCUGAAGGCGAAGGCGAGGGCUACAAAUUCGAAGGCUACAAUUAAAUCGCAUUUAGACGAACGCCGCUAAAGUAUUCUUAGUAUGAUCGGACUCUGCUCUCCGACUUUUUCUAGCUUGUGGCAAAUGUACCUGAAAUAGGAUUAGUAGGUUAAAUUGAUGAAGCAACCCGUGAAUUCUCAUCGUCGUAAUGUUAAUUUUGUUGCUAAAUCUCGAUCUGUAUUAGGCGUUGAAAUUGGGCUAUGAAAUGCAUACAGUCUGUCCUAGAAAGUUAGUAAAUUGUAACUGCUGCGACCCGACUGAUGUGACUUGGUGUGAUUGUUUGUUCUAUUGAUUGUAUUAAUAUGGUUAAUACUCUCUCUUGUAUCUCAUUAUAGUGUAAGUGCGACUUGUCUGUUUGUUGUAAGUUCCAGUGAAAUUGUGAUAUUAAUAAAGAAUGUUGGUUUUUA